AUGGCCUCAAGCUCGACAGACGAGAUUCAAGAGGAUGAUGCGGCAGAGCUGAAAUUCCCAAAAGAGUUCGAAACGGCGAAAUGCGAUGCGCUACUCAUCUCUGAGGUCUUCUUGUUAUUGGAGCACAGACGAGCGCAAAACGAGCAAAAGGAGGAAAUCGAAGACAUGAAUGAGGUGUUCCUGAAGACUUUCAAAUACGUCGCCCGUCUCUCGCGUUUCAAAAAUCGCGACAGCAUUCGAGCCGUUCGACAAGCGUUUGCCGACAAAUCUUUGCACAAAUUCGAAGUGGCUCAGCUGGGAAAUUUGUUGCCGGAAACCGCUGAAGAGGCCAAAGCUUUGGUGCCCUCGCUGGAAAACAAAAUGGAGGACGACGAGUUAGAAGAAAUUUUAAAAGAACUUCAGGCCAAGAAAACUUUUCAA